GCGGGGCCGGGACCGUCCCGGAGGCGCGGCGUGAGCCAGUGACAAACGAUGGCGGGCGAGGAAGACCGCGGAGACGGGGACCCGGUAUCAGUGGUGACCGUGCGGGUGCAGUACUUGGAGGACACCGACCCCUUCGCAUGUGCCAACUUCCCGGAGCCGCGCCGGGCCCCCACCUGCAGCCUGGACGGGGCGCUGCCCCUGGGUGCGCAGAUACCCGCGCUGCACCGCCUGCUGGCGGCUCCACUGAAGCUGGAGGACUGUGCCCUCCAAGUGUCUCCCUCUGGAUACUACCUGGACCCCGAGUUGUCUCUGGAAGAGCAGCGGGAGAUGCUGGAGAGCUUCUAUGAAGAGAUCAGCAAAGGGCGGAAGCCUACACUCAUCCUGCGUACUCAACUCUCUGUGAGGGUCAAUGCCAUCUUGGAAAAGUUGUAUGGCUCCAGUGGCCCUGAGCUGCGUCGCUCCCUCUUCUCACUAAAGCAGAUCUUCCAGGAGGACAAGGACCUGGUGCCUGAAUUUGUGCACUCAGAGGGGCUGAGCUGCCUGAUCCGUGUGGGUGCUGCUGCCGACCACAACUACCAGAGCUACAUCCUCCGAGCACUAGGCCAGCUGAUGCUGUUUGUGGAUGGGAUGCUGGGGGUGGUGGCCCACAGUGAGACCGUGCAGUGGCUGUACACACUGUGUGCCAGCGUGUCCCGCUUGGUGGUGAAAACGGCCCUGAAGCUGCUGCUGGUAUUUGUGGAGUACUCGGAGAGCAAUGCGCCGCUGCUUAUCCGUGCCGUCAACUCUGUGGCCAGCUCCACAGGCUCUCUUCCUUGGGCCAAUCUGGUGUCCGUCCUGGAGGAGAAGAAUGGCGCUGACCCCGAGUUGUUGGUGUAUACAGUCACCCUCAUCAACAAGACACUGGCAGCGCUUCCAGACCAGGACUCCUUCUAUGAUGUGACAGAUGCCCUGGAGCAGCAGGGCAUGGAAGCUCUGGUCCAGCGCCACUUGGGCGCAUCGGGGACUGAUUUCGACCUGCGCACACAGCUUGUGCUCUAUGAGAAUGCCCUGCGGUUGGAGGAUGGAGACAUUGAGGAAGCCACUGCAGGUGGGCGGCGGGAACGCAGAAAGCCCUCUUCGGAGGAGGGCAAGAGGAGCCGCCGGUCUCUAGAAGGCGGGGGCUGCCCUGUGCGCCCCUCGGAGCCUGGCCCUGCAGGCCCCGCAACUGGCCGCACAGGCCCUGCCUCACCUCGGACAGGCCCCUCAAGCCCAGGGGACCCCGCUUCGAGCCCUGGGGACCCCUCCUCGGCGGUAAUCUCCACCUAUUCCGCUGGCCCUGCCCUGUCGACCAGCCUGGCCCCUAAACCUGCGGGCCCAGCUUCUGGCCUCUGUACCUCGGUGAACCUCUUCCCUGCCAUCUCUUUGGGGCCCUCAGCCGACAGCUCCAGCGAGAGGAGCAUCUACAAAGCCCGGUUCCUGGAGAAUGUGGCAGCGGCGGAAACAGAGAAGCAGGCUGCACUGGCCCAGGGCCGGGCAGAGACACUGGCUGGGGCCAUGGCCGAUGAGCCCGAUGGACACCCAGAUACCCGGGAACUAUGGGGCUCCCCAGAACCAGGCCCUGCACCCAGAACACCCCAGAGCCCUGUCCCCCGAGGUCUGCUCCGGGCCCAGCGGAGCGUUGAGCCAGAGCCCAAGGUGCCACUGGCCCCACCAAGCCCCAAGGCUGAGUCCUUUCAGGAGUUUCCUAUCCGUGUACCCAAGCUCUGCAUUGGAGACCUGGACUUCUCAGAUCUGGGGGAGGAUGAAGACGAGGACAUGCUGAAUGUGGAGGCUGUGGAGGCUGUGAAAGGGGUCCCACCCCCACCACCCCCACUGCCUGCGCUCUCUGGAGGCCCCCCGCCUCCUCCACCCCCACCUCCCCCACCCAUCAAAGGCUCACUCUCGCCACCUCCGCCUCCACCUCCAGCUGCCCCACUUCCUCCCUCAGCACCUGAUGGUCUAGCCCUCCCCAGCAAGAGGAAGACAGUAAAACUCUUCUGGCGGGAGCUAAAGCUGGCUGGGGGCCACGGAGGCUCUGGGAGCCGUUUUGGGCCUUGCCCCACCCUGUGGGCCUCACUGGAACCUGUCUCAGUGGACACAGCCCGGCUGGAACACCUGUUUGAGUCCCGUGCCAAGGACGUGCUGCCUUCCAAGAAAGCUGGUGAGGGCCGCCGGACAAUGACCACAGUGCUGGACCCCAAGCGCAGCAACGCCAUCAACAUUGGCCUAACCACCCUGCCGCCUGUGCAUGUCAUUAAGGCUGCCCUGCUCAACUUUGAUGAGUUUGCUGUCAGCAAGGAUGGCAUUGAGAAACUGCUGACUAUGAUGCCCACGGAGGAGGAACGGCAGAAGAUCGAGGAGGCCCAGCAAGCCAAUCCUGACGUACCCCUGGGCCCAGCUGAGAACUUCCUGAUGACCCUUGCCUCCAUUGGAGGCCUGGCCGCCCGCCUACAACUCUGGGCCUUCAAGCUGGACUAUGACAGCAUGGAGCGGGAAAUCGCAGAGCCACUAUAUGACCUGAAAGUGGGCAUGGCACAGCUGGUACAAAAUGCCACCUUCCGCUGCAUCCUGGCCACUCUCCUGGCUGUGGGCAACUUCCUCAACGGUUCCCAGAGCAGCGGCUUCGAGUUGAGCUACCUGGAGAAGGUGUCAGAGGUGAAGGACACGGUGCGCCGGCAGUCACUGCUGCACCAUCUCUGCUCCUUGGUGCUCCAGACCCGGCCUGAUUCCUCGGACCUCUACUCAGAAAUCCCUGCCCUGACCCGCUGUGCCAAGGUGGACUUCGAACAGCUGACUGAGAACUUGGGGCAGCUGGAGCGUCGGAGCCGGGCAGCUGAGGAGAGCCUACGGAGCUUGGCCAAGCAUGAGCUGUCCCCAGCUCUGCGUGCCCGCCUCACCCACUUCUUGGCCCAGUGUGGCCGCCGUGUUGCCAUGCUGCGGGUAGUACACCGCCGUGUCUGCAAUAGGUUCCACGCCUUCCUGUUGUACCUGGGCUACACAGCACCCGCGGCCCGGGAAGUGCGCAUCAUGCAGUUCUGCCACACGCUGCGCGAGUUUGCCCUGGAGUACCGCACGUGCCGGGAACGCGUGCUGCAGCAGCAGCAGAAGCGUGCCACUUACCGGGAGCGCAACAAGACCCGGGGCCGCAUGAUCACAGAGACAGAGAAAUUCUCAGGUGUGGCUGGGGAAGCCCCCAACCACCCAUCUGUCCCAGUGGCUGUGGGCAGUGGGCCAGGGCGGGGUGAUGCCGACAGUCACGCCAGCAUGAAGAGUCUGCUGACCAGCAAGCCAGAGGACACCACUCAUUGCCGCCGCAGCAGAGGCACGGUCCAGAGCAGCUCCCCAGUCACGCCGACAGCAACAGGGCCCUCCACUGCACCCCCAGAAGAACCCCCAGGCUCCAAUUUACCCAGUGACACUUCCGAUGAGAUCAUGGAUCUGCUGGUACAGUCAGUGACCAAGAGCAGUCCUCGUGCCUUAGCUGCUCGGGAGCGCAAACGUUCCCGGGGCAACCGCAAGUCUUUGAGACGGACACUGAAGAGCGGGCUCGGAGAGGACCUGGUGCAGGCCCUGGGACUGAGCAAGGGUCCUGGCCUGGAGGUGUGAAGGCCCUGCCUACUGGGACACCUACCUACCGGACACCUACCUACUGGGGCCCCAGCCUGCAGUGCAAGAGACUAGAGAGUGAGGAGGGAUCAGCAGAAUUCUGGGCCUCUUCAACCCCAGGGCCACUCUGUGCCCAGUGGACAAUGCCUUGAGCAGUAUUAGCUAUGUGUGCGUGCGUGCGUGCGUGUGUGUGUGUGUGUGUAUACUUGUACACGUACUUGUAUAAGCUCCCUGAAUACAUGGAGUAUAAUAAAGUUUUCAUAGCCAACCCAAG